GGCCAUCAUCAUUAUAUUAUCAUUGAGAAUUUGUUUUUCAGUCUGUUCAGUAACAACCAGACAUAACCAGUCUCUCUAAUAGUCUAAUAUGUCGUCGGCAUUCAAAUUUAAAAACUUUACAUCAAAGCUUCUUGCUUUUCUAUUAAUAUUGAGUUCUUCCCAUGGGGCAUAUGUACCUAAAGUGAAUUCUGAUACAGAUGUGAUUAUAAUUGGUGCUGGUCCAGCAGGAGUAGCAGCUGCUACCAAAUUGGAUCAGCAAGGUAUAAAUGUUAAAGUAUUCGAAGCCAAUGAGUGGAUUGGUGGAAGAGUUCACAGCAUUAAAUUCGGGGACGCCUGGGUGGACCUGGGCGCUGAAUGGUGUCAUGGGGAGAAGGAAAAUAUUGUUUUUGAUCUUAUGAAAGAGUCACAGGUGUUACAACAUCCAAAUUACACGUUUGAAAUGGCGGUUUCUGAUGGGCAUAUUGUUGAUGAGGAGUUUUCUACGCAAUUAUUCACGAUUUUUGAUGAGUUGUUCACACCAGAUGGCGCUAGAAACUCUACAGUUGAAGAUUCUGUUGGAACAUACUUUACUAAAUGGGCUUAUCACACUUUUAAUCUUUACGUUUUAAGUUCCGAAGGAGCUUUCUCAUGGUUUGAACCAGCGGCAUUGUCAGAUUAUAAAGAUUGUGAUGGUGACCAUGCUAUUACAUGGAACGGUUUAGGUUAUAAAACUAUUUUGGACAAAUUAAUGGCGAAUUUUGAUCAGAAAAAGAUCAAUCUUCUCACAGUAGUGAAACAAAUCACUUUUGAUGAGGAUAAAGAUCAAGUCACUGUUUUGUUAGCAACAGGAGAGAAACACACUGCAAAACAUGUCAUUUUCACUCCUUCUUUGGGAGUUUUGAAACAUGAUCAUAAAAGUUUGUUUCAACCGCCAUUACCGCAACGUAAAGUAGAAGCUAUUGAAGCGCUAGGAAUCGGGGCAGUUAUGAAGGUUAUGUUGCACUUCCCCGAACAUUGGUGGGCUACCAAUGGAUCAUUUUCAGGGUAUUCUUUUGUGUGGACCCAGGAGGAUAGAGAUACUUUAGCUACACAAUACCGAAAAGGACCUUAUAGAAAUAAUUUAUCUUGGUUAACCAAUUUUAUGGGAAUGUACCGCGUGGAACAAAACCCCAAAGUAUUGUCAUGCUGGUUCACAGGCGAGUUUGUUCCUGAAAUAGAAACAAUGAGCGAUGACAUUUUACUCGACGGAAUCAACUUUACCAUCAAUAAAUUCCUAGGGAAAAAGUAUAAUGUUCAGCAACCGGAUGACUUUAGAAAAUCAGCGUGGUAUUCUAAUGAAUUCGUACGUGGUACUUACUCGUACCAAACACUUGCAUCUAGAAAAAUCCAAAAUCCUUCGGCGAAUGUUAUUUUAAGUCAGCCAAUCUUAAACAAAGACAAUAUUCCUAGAAUUUUGUUUGCUGGUGAAGCUACUCAUCCGAGGUUUUACUCCACGGUUCAUGGCGCUAUUGAGUCUGGUUUCAGGGAGGCUGAUAGGUUAAUUGAGAUCAUAAAACAUUGAAAUCAUCAUCAACUGAUGUUUUUAUCCCGCUGAAUAUAUGAAUGGGGAUCAAAUAAACAAAACAAUAAUACCUCUUGUAUAAAAA